GCUGGCAUACACGUUUUAGGCGUACCUUUCAGAUGGUCGCUAAAACUAGCUCUCGUAAAACCCAUUAUAACUCUGUCAUCUCUCGUAUUCCAGUCCUGAACAUCUCUUAGUCUCUUUGCUUGAACCAUCGUGUUCACGAAUUGGAUCGACCAACAUCUUCCGUGUGUUAUAGCAUCUUGGGGCUUUUACGGUUUCAUUCGUUUAUUCUCCUCUCAAUUGCCUUUUCGUUGAACAUCAGUAUAGUCACGAGUGUUUUCAGUUUGCUGUACCGGUUACGAAGAAAAAAGGGCACGUGUAGCACACUUGACUGCAUGUCCGCCAUGUUCAGCAGAGAAAAUAACACGCGAGUUAGUCUUCGCAACAAGACCCUGGAGACACACAUCGAUCGCCAGAGUGUUCGGGAGUCUUACAAUGAUGUCCGCUCCGAUUUCUCCGAGACGAAUUGGGCUGUUUUCCAAUUUGAGGGCAACCAAAUCUGCAGUAAGUCGGUGGGAAGCGAUUUCGCCGACUUUCGAACUCAAUUCGUCGACGAUGAACGGGCUUUUGGUUUUGUUCGUAUUCAGAGCGGUGACGAAAUGAGCAAGCGAACCAAAUUUCUGUUUGUAACUUGGCUGGGACCCAACGUCAGCACAAUGAAGCGCGCCCGUCUCAGCAGCGACAAGGCCCUCGUCAAAGAAAUUAUAAUGAAUUUUGCCGUCGAGUUGCAAAUAGAGACGCCUGAUGAGUUGAACUAUGAUUUUUUCCGCGAGGCCGUCCACAAAGCCGGUGGUGCCAAUUACGGUACCGGUGUCCGAGAACUGUAAUUCAUUAGUUUUCUUCAUCACGGUUUUGCCACCUGUCACCUUGAUUGUCACUAGUCUUGAUGGACUCGCAGAGGCGAAGCGGCAUGAGCUCUAACUUUAAUUCUACUCUGUAAACAUUUCGGUUCCAAUUUAUCCGUUCUUUUCUGUGUUAGUACGAGGUGGAUGCAAUCAGUGUUGUUUACUUGAGGUUCCGGUUAUGGUCCUUUUAGCUCCCAAUAUAUUACUUAUAAAAGAAAACCCAACAAAUUAAAUAUCAUAUGAAAUGAGAAGCUCUGAUUCAAAUUUGUAAAUUUUAUAGUGGAAUUUUUCUAAUUGUCCACUUACAGAAUGAUAACUUGAUCCGCUGUCUUUGCUAUUUUUUAUUUAUAUAUUUCGCGCAUGAUCCAUUUGGAAGUCUACGGUUCAAUUUCUUUUUGAAUAUCCUUCCACUUUUUUGUACCCUCCAUUCGAGUAUGUUUCUCUAUUGUCGGUACAGUAAAUUUUCGGAUAUACACGUCCUCAUUGAAAA